AGGAUCUCUCACCUAUCACCUUCUAUCAACUCAGGCGGCCCAACUUUUAGUCCUUGUGACAACAAGUGCGCGAAGAAACGCCUGCCUGGUACUCAAACCAGAGACCAGUCAGAAUUGUGGCGAAUGUUUGGUGUGCGAGCUGAUCGUCUUCGAAUCCAGAAUUAAUUUGGGGAAUGGAUGGCGAGAUUACUAUGACGGUCACUACCCAUGCUCAGGGUUGGGGAUAAGCAGAGAAAGUGGUGUUUGUGCAGUCAUGUGGCACAAGCAGUUCCUAACAUGCUGCUGUCUUGCCCUCCUCUCGGUUAUGAUUCGAUCACAAACGGAUUCGCCUGACACCACGGAGAGGACAUCAACGACGAUGGCCACUACAGCGAAACGGUCAAUCCCAACAGAUGCACCAAUGCUCAAUUACAUCUUUGACGCACACAGCACCCUUAAUAAGCAUCAUCAUCAUGACCAUCGAUGGGGCCCACAUUUCGAAGGAAAGGGCCAGAACCUCACGGUUCAAGCUGGCGCAACAGUCACUUUGGACUGUAGGAUUUCCUUGCUGCAAGACAAAACGGUUUCUUGGGUCCGGAGACUGCCUGAUGGCGAACAGUUGAGCUUGCUAACGGUUGGCCAGCACACAUACACCGGGGAUAUGAGAUACACGGUUGAAUUUCAGUACCCGAACAACUGGCGGCUGCAGAUCAAGUUCGUUAACGCCAGCGACGAAGGCCAAUACGAGUGUCAAAUCAGCACGCACCCACCGAAGUUUAUAUUAAUAAACUUGCACAUAAAUGACCCAUCGGUACAAAUAGUCGACGGAAUGGGACAGCCGUUGAGGGACAAGUAUUACGAAGCUGACAGUACCAUCGAACUUCUGUGUGUGGUGCGACACAUCGCGAUGCAGAUGCAGUAUAGUGUUGUUCAAUGGCUACACGGGAACAGAACGCUCAAUUACGAUACGACAAGAGGAGGUAUAAGUGUAAAGACAAACUUGAUGGAAGAAGGGGCGAACUCUACACUUAGCAUAGCGAGGGUUGGCCCCGCAGACAGCGGAAACUACACCUGCACGCUAACGAUGAUGCCAGACCAACCCGCUAUUGUUCACGUGCACGUGCUUAACGGAGAAAGUUUAGCGGAGUUGCAUCACGGCUCAGCGAGUAAACGCGAUGGGGUCUGUCUUCCAAUUCUCCUUGGUUUCCUACUACGAGUCGUCGUGGUGAGAUGAAGAACCGAAACCAGCGCAUCCCGCGCAAAUACCUACGUUCUACCAUACAAGAGACUGAACGAAGCUUACCUUUAGUGAUGGUGAAGGAGCAGGGACGAAUAAAUUAUAAACAGAGUGUUUUCUAUGGCUUGAUUGGACCUUACGUAGAAAACCAGCAUUGAAAAUUUGAAUUACCUGGAAAACUCAUACCCUGUUUCAUGUAAAAAGAAGUCGUGAUUUGUUAGAUAUAAGCGCAGUAACUCUAUAAUACAUCGGGAAAAAAAUUGAUUCUCUAUCCCUGUGCAUACCGCAGUAUCGACCGUGUUCAAUUAUAUUUCGAGACUAGUUUUCGAGAUUGCAAUGUAGUACUGCUCCUUUCUGCUAUAUGUCACCAAUUCAGAGUAGAAUUGAACUUGUUUCUUACAAUUCCUUUGUUUAUGUGCUUCCAUGGCUUUAUAUUGUUGUUCGGUGUACAAGAUAUACGCCAUGCUAAGUGUUUUUCGUACUUUUGCACUUUUAUGUUCAUGUUAAAAAAUUUGUCGUGGAACAACCAAAAAAGGGAUGUCACUCCAAAGAUAAAGCGAGCGGUAAUUUAGAGGAUAUCGCAAAAGAAUACGAAAACUACAAAAAGGUUAUAUCACACGAUGAUCAAAAGUAAAAACCGUGUGCAUAAUCAGCAGAGUGAUACAGAUGGGCUGAUGUUGAGAGUCAAGAGUAUUAGCAAGUAAGGAGAGGGCAGCUUUUUGGUCCAAUUUUAGUUUAUUAAAUUAGUAGGCUUGUAUACAAGGUCAAGCCGGCAUACUUUUUUUUACCGGUGAAGCUCGAUCAAUGGACUAGACACUCAACUGAAAUAUAUUCUUAUUCAUUCACAAACAAGUGGAUGAUGUACAAGAUCCCGAAUAACCAACUACCCGAAAAUUUCAAUGCAGAAUGUUCAAAAUUUUGAAAUGUCGUGACUCCGAGGUACUAGGAUCUGAAGCUACAAGACUUUGAAUUUGAAAGGCUCCAAAUGCCAGGGUUCCGAAUAAUUUGUUUCCAAAUUUUCAAAGCUGCGGUAGUGUAAUAUUCAGGGUGAGUGAUGUCCUGAACGACGAAUCACAAAGCAAGUGAGACUUUGAGAACGCAUUUCGAUGGUGCAAAGUCCUGAAUCAUCACUGCGCAUGCGCGAGCCACCUGCACAUGAGCUUUCAGUGAGCAUAUAUACUGUAUGUGAGUGCAAAGGAUUCGAUACAAAGACAUUUCAGAACCUUGCUACAUCAAAGUGCAGUUAUUUACUGAUACGACCAUUUAGAAGUUUGUGCAUUGUAGAUUUUGAACCUUCGGUAUUCGGCCGGUUGAACUGUUGGUCAUUCGGAAUGUUGAAUAAUCGGGAUUGUGCACUUGCGGAGCUCUCAUUUUCGAAAUCCAGCGUAUUCUACUUCUUGCAUUCACAAGGUUUUGAUGUAUCAGAGUUUGGCUUUUAAAAUAAUCAGAUCACGGGCUUUUGAUUAUUCGGAAACCUAGACUCUACUCCAACAUGAUGU